AUGUCUUCCAUAUCAUUCGCCCAUGGAAACUCGGGUAAUCAGGUGGGAGUCAACUACGGGACGAUAAUUCUGCCACUAGCUCAAUGCUUUAACGUCCCCUUUGAUCUUACUGCUGUGCCUAUAAUCGAAAGCUUCCCAACAGAUUCCCAAGCACGAAAAGUUGCAGUUCUUCACGGCCUUGGUGGAAUAGGAAAAACACAGCUGGCGGUCCGUUUCGCACGGGAACAUAAAAACAACUUCAGCGCUAUAUUCUGGUUAAAUGGUAAAGAUCGAGGGACGUUAUUGCAGUCUUUGAGCUCAUUUUUGCCUCGAUUACCAGGACAGGCCCUGAAAAAUGAAGCCACUAAUGACGAGGAGCUGGAACAGCGAGCUAGAGAAGUGCUAAAGUGGCUAGAAAAAGAUGGUAACUCGCGCUGGUUAAUCAUAUUUGACAAUAUCGAUCAAUACUCCCCAGUUAAUAGCGCCGUCGGGGAUACAUAUGACAUCGGAAAGUUUUUUCCUACCGUAGAUCAUGGCUCUAUUCUCAUCACUUCUCGACUGCCAGAGCUCACUGAGCUAGGAGAGUCCUUUCCAAUGCACAAGCUUCACUCGAAGGAGGCUAUUCAACUUCUCUUGAAAAACAGUGGCUUAUCAAAAGGCAACACCGUUAAGGAGCUUACGGGAGAUCCGGAUACCCUUACCCUUGCCGACUGUCUCGAUGGACUCCCACUGGCGAUUAUUAUUGCGGCGGCAUAUAUGCGCGAAACUGGGACUAGCAUUACUCAGUACUUAAGAUAUUACCAAGAGUCAUGGUCUAAUCUACAGUCUUUUUCGAGCCCUGGGCGUCAGUACCAGCAAGGUAAUAUGCUAGAGACAUGGAAAAUCUCAUUUUAUGAGAUUCAAAAUCGGCAUUCGAACGCAGCACAGCUUCUACUACUAUUUGCCUAUUUCGAUAAUCGUGAUAUUUGGUAUGAGUUAUUAGAGAGUGCUUCUAAUAGCUCCGUAGUUCCAGGUUGGCUCGAAAGAGCUAUAUCGAGUGAACUUGAGUUUAAAGCUUGCGUGAAGCCUCUGAUAGGGUUCUCUCUUCUUCAAACAAAGCCACAAGAAGGAAGCUAUACUAUGCAUCCUGUGGUACAGGAUUGGUGCUUCCACAUGGCCAGUAUAGAUAUGGAUACGAACCCUACCCAGCUUUCCGAACUAGCAUUAAUAUGCGUUGGAUACUCGGUCCCUAUGGCAAGUGAGCGUGAUUAUGCAGAGCUAGAGCGACGGCUUCUUCCACACGCGACUGCUUUAUAUACCAGAAAAUUCUCGGCUGCUGCUGACAAUAUUGCCGUUUUGGGAGGGCUUCAUAGACUUGGAAGUCUUUACUCUGAUCAAGGGAGACUGAAAGAGGCAGAGGAGAUGUACCAGCGGGCACUGGCAGGCUAUGAGAAGGUCCUCGGUCCAGAUCAUAUGUCUACCCUUGAUAUAGUCAACGACCUUGGAAAUCUCUACUCUGAUCAAGAGAAGCUAAAAGAGGCAGAGGAGAUAUACCAGCGAGCACUGGUAGGCUAUGAGAAGGCCCUCGGUCUAGAUCAUACGUCUACCCUUAAUACAGUUAACAACCUUGGCAUUCUCUUCUCUGAUCAAGGGAAGCUGAAAGAGGCAGAGGAGAUGUACCAGCGAGCACUAGCAGGCUAUGAGAAGGCUCUCAGUCCAGAUCAUAUAUCUACUCUCAAUACUGUCAACAACCUUGGCCUUCUCUACUCUGAUCAAGGGAAGCUGAAAGAGGCAGAGGAGAUGUACCAGCGAGCACUAGCAGGCUAUGAGAAGGCCCUCGGUCCAGAUCAUACGUCUACCCUUAAUACUGUCAACAACCUUGGCAAUCUCUACUAUAAUCAAGGGAAGCUAAAAGAGACAGAGGAGAUAUACCAGCGAGCACUGGCAGGAAAAGAGAAGGCCCUCGGUCCAGAUCAUACGUCCACCCUUAAUACAGUCAACAACAUUGGCCUUCUCUACUCUGAUCAAGGGAAGCUGGAAGAGGCAGAGGAGAUAUACCAGCGAGCACUAGCAGGCUAUGAGAAGGCCCUCGGUCCAGAUCAUACGUCUACCCUUAAUACUGUCAACAACCUUGGCAAUCUCUAUUAUAAUCAAGGGAAGCUAAAAGAGGCAGAGGAGAUGUACCAGCGAGCACUAGCAGGCUAUGAGAAGGCCCUCGGUCCAGAUCAUACGUCCACUCUUGAUACAGCCAACAACCUUGGCAAUCUCUACUAUAAUCAAGGGAAGCUAAAAGAGACAGAGGAGAUAUACCAGCGAGCACUGGCAGGCUAUGAGAAGGCCCUCGGUCCAGAUCAUACGUCCACCCUUGAUACAGCCAACAACCUUGGCAAUCUCUAUUAUAAUCAAGGGAAGCUAAAAGAGGCAGAGGAGAUAUACCAGCGAGCACUGGCAGGCUAUGAGAAGGCCCUCGGUCCAGAUCAUAUGUCCACCCUUAAUCUAGUCAACAACCUUGGCAAUCUCUACAAAGAUCAAGAAAAGCUGAAAGAGGCAGAGGAGAUUCACCAGAGAGAACUCCCAGACAGUCAGAAGGUCGCACAUCUCCAUGAUAACACGGCACGGCGGGCUAUAGAGAAAUUUACUAGAUGGCUUAGAUAA